CAACAAUCGCUCAGUACGAAAACCAGCGCACUUGAAGACGAAUUCAUACAAGAGGUUGCCGUUGCUGUAUCAGAGGGUUAUUCUAGAUUCAUUUCCCAUACUGCUUCCCGCCUUCGCUCUUGGAAAACUAGCUGUGCAAUAUGGCCUCGAAUCACAUUGAGCGAGACGACGUCAGUGACUCGUCCUCAGCUUCAGAUCCUCUCGACACUAGAAACGACGAGGGAUGGGAAGAUGUCGAGCCAGAUGAGGAGUCAAUCACGGUGGUAUCGCUAUUCGACAAGCGGACCUUCCCCGACGCCGCAAGCAUGCUUACCUAUUGCCGAGACAACCACGAUUUCGACAUCUGGCGACUGAGACAACAGUUUGUGCUCGACUUCCUCGGUCUCGUCAAACUAGUCAACUACAUCCGCUCCGAAGUGAAAGCCGGUAAUACCCGGCCAGACAUCUCAUCCAAGUCCGUCUUUGAGGACGACAAGUACCUCAAGCCAGUACUUCAAGAAGACGCUCUCCUGUUCAGUCUCGACGACGUCUUUGAGGAUGACACCGGCGCCGGCGGCGUCACAGCACCAGCCAACGAAGUCGAGCAGCUCCGCGAACAGCUCGAGGCUUUGCAAUCCCAGUUCGCCGCGUACCGAGAACAAGUGCAAACCGCACUUCUAGACCGUCUAGACGAAUCGACAGCGUCUGACUCAAAGGCCGGCCCUUCGUCGUCAAGCGCAUCAACCAGCAAGCAAGCCGCAGAGACCUACGACAAGGACUACUUCCACUCUUACUCGUACAACUCGAUUCACGAGAUUAUGAUCAAGGACCGCGUUCGCACCGACGCUUACCGAGACUUCAUCUACGACAACAAAGCGCUAUUUCAGGACAAAGUCGUUCUAGACGUCGGAUGCGGCACAGGCAUUCUGUCGAUGUUCGCCGCCAAAGCUGGCGCCAAACUCGUCAUCGCCGUCGACAACUCGGACAUUAUCAACAAGACCCGCGAAAACGUUUACAAGAACGGUCUCCAAGAUACCGUCAAGUGCUUGCGCGGCAAGAUCGAGGAAGUCCCACUUCCUGUGGACAAAGUCGACAUCAUUGUCAGCGAGUGGAUGGGCUACUGUCUUUUGUACGAGUCGAUGUUAGAUUCCGUCCUGUUCGCGCGUGACAAGUAUCUAGCUCCAGAUGGGCUUAUGGUGCCAUCACACUCGACGCUACGGAUCGCCCCGCUCGCAGACUCGGACUUGAAGGCCUCACACAUCGACUUCUGGCGCGAUAUAUAUGGCUUCGACAUGACCCCUAUGCUGGAAAAGGCGCACGAGGAAGUCAUCGCGCGCAUAUUGGACAAGAACGAGUUAGCGGCCGACAGCGUGCCGUUCCUCGAACUUGAUCUGCAUACCACCAAAGUCGAAGAUUUGACCUUCACCAAGGAAUUCAACUUGAAGUGGAACCAGGGUUUCAAAGUUCUGGAAGGAUUUGUCGUAUGGUUUGACAUUAUCUUCUCGACUUCGAAGAGCAAGAGCGUCGACGCAAGCAUGACAGCUGCUCAAGCGAAAGAGAAAGGCCUCAUUGCCUUUUCGACGGGGCCGUUCUCCGAUGCAACGCAUUGGCAGCAAGGAGUCUUUUUGAUCGAGAAUCCCGGAGCAGGGGAGGAGGUUCAAGCAGGAGCUGAGGUUGGUGGGCGUAUUACAUACCUGAAGAAGCAAGGUCAAGAGAGGUCGUUGGAUAUUGAUAUCACAUGGUCCAAUGGGUCUAGUGGAAGAAGUCAGAUGUGGGUGCUUGACUGAGGAAGUUGACCUGCUCGAAUCCUUGGACAGCAUGUAGAGACUCUCAAGAGAUGUACUAUCGCCACCCUCGUAGGAGUAUUUACCGUGGGUUGAGAUAGCUAAAGUCCGUACUGGAGGCAACAGCCUGGCCGGAUCUUCGGCCCAGAAACCGAAUCUCGGCGUUCUCUGCUAUCGCCGCCAUUAGGCUGUCACCAAUUUACUCCUCCAGAGCAUUGCGUACUCGUUGGUGCUGCCAUUGAGGUCUUGACUGUACCUUUAUCUUCGGUGGACCGUGCAUUGAACUGCUGCUCCCUGCAUAUGCAACGUCGUCGGAGUUACCACGUAAACGCCAAUCACGUUGCAUUAAUGGUCGCAUGUCGAACUGUGCCUCCGCUGCAUUAUAUGAAUAUAUGAAGCUUGUCGGCAUUUGUCCA